CUCCCAUAGAGUAGCUAAACGUGCCAGAGCUGAGCCUUCGGGGCUCUUCCUGGCCUCAACUGAGCCCUCUUGUCCUUUUCCCCCAAUGAGAGAAGAGCCAGGUGCAGGUCUCUUAAGAACUGAGAGUUGAGGCCAUUUAACCAAUAAACAGACUCGUGACCGUGACCUCUGCACCUGCAGACGCCUUCACUCUCCAUGCUGAGCCAAGAUGGGGAAUCGAACAGAUGAAGAUUAUAAUUUUGUCUUUAAGGUGGUGCUGAUCGGCGAGUCAGGCGUGGGCAAGACCAAUCUGCUGUCCCGGUUCACCCGCAAUGAGUUCAGCCACGACAGCCGCACCACCAUCGGGGUUGAGUUCUCCACCCGCACCGUAAUGCUGGGCACCGCUGCUGUCAAGGCACAGAUCUGGGACACGGCUGGCCUGGAGCGAUACAGAGCCAUCACCUCUGCGUACUAUCGUGGGGCCGUGGGGGCACUAUUGGUAUUUGACCUGACCAAGCACCAGACCUACGCUGUGGUGGAGCGCUGGCUAAAGGAGCUGUAUGACCAUGCCGAAGCCACAAUUGUUGUCAUGCUCGUGGGGAACAAAAGUGACCUCAGCCAGGCCCGAGAGGUCCCCACUGAGGAGGCCUGCAUGUUUGCUGAAAACAAUGGCCUGCUGUUCCUGGAGACGUCAGCCCUCGACUCCACCAACGUUGAGCUAGCCUUCGAGACCGUCCUCAAAGAAAUCUUUGCAAAGGUAUCCAAGCAGAACAGCACCCGGACCAGUGCCAUCACCCUGGGCAAUGCCCAAGCUGGACAGGAUCCUGGCCCUGGGGAAAAGAGGGCCUGUUGCAUCAACCUCUGACUUCAGCUAUGGCCAGCCCUGUGUUCUGCCUUCAGCCUUCGGAUGCCUCCACCUCCCUUACUGCAGGACUUCUCCCUACCCUGAGUCCCUGUUCACUAGCACCCAAGGUCAUCAUGCCCUAUCACAUGAUCUGUCCACCACAUUCCUCUCCAUCACCUGGACCCCUUACAGGCGAGGGCUGGAAAAUAAAGGUGUUUUUGUAUUGUG